AUGGACCAUGGAACUACCCCAGAGUUACCACCGCCGGAAGCAGCAGAGGAGAACCGCCCGGCUGCUCCCUCGCGUCCCAGCACUGCUGCUGCUGCUCGCCAUGCGAAACGCUUGACGCUCAGCUUCCCCGUCGCUCCACCACUCACCCUUCGAUCAGACCAGCAGCAAGCCUCUCCCUCUGUUGUCGUCGUCGCCGGCACUCCUGCGACUGAGUCUCCCCGCAUGAUAGCACCAGGACAGUCCAUCCCAGAAGCCCUUCCUGCAGGCGACGAGCCAUGCGAGCCCGCCGAUCUUCUGACUGCCAUCGCCUCCCAGGAGCGCAAAGUCCUCGAACUCCGCGAGGAGCUACAAAAAGCCGAAGUCGAGCUGGCCAGUCUCAAGAAGCAAUGGGUGCUGAGCGAGAGGCACAAGAAGCAGACGGAAAUCAGCCAUCGCGCCGAGGCCAUGCGGCCCUUGCGACCCUCAACCGAUGAACUGGCUGCGGAGGAAUCCCCAAGGGCUUCCGAUACCCCAAGUUCAGCAGGCACUACCACUGCCAAUACCACUCCCAUUCUUACCCCCAUAGAUACGGUAUCCGCGCAGAUCAGAAGAAGCAAAGAACUAGAGAGACGAAACAGUAUUCGAAGUACGCCCAAAGGCGAUAUUUCGGUUUCUGCCAAUGGUCGGCGAGUCUUUGCCGGCUCUAAACAUACCCGUACGCUCUCGUUACUCUCCCCCGACAUGGGCGUCAUCAAACCACCCUUCCCAAUGAAGUCCGAGUCGGGGCAAGCGACGAGCCCUGAGGCGCAGGCAACCAGACAUCCACGAUCGGCGACACUGCCUUCCGUGGAACGAGCUAAGGAUUCUGCAAAGUCGGCAGAGGAAUCGGACGACCCGACGACGCAUCAAGAUGCUUCGGGCAAUCAGUGGCGGCGGUCUCUGCCUCCGCCAUCUAGCGAAGCUCUCCUGCGAACAGGUAGACAGAUGGCAUCCGACUUGAGAGAAGGACUAUGGACAUUUUUGGAAGACAUCCGGCAGGCUACAGUCGGCGAGGAAGCUAUCAGCGCCACUCGAACGCGGACGUUGCAGGCCCCAGCUUCGACCACACAGCGUUCUCGCAGUGGCCAACGAAGCGAGCGGAGUGUGACGCCAGUUCGGAACCGUGAUCAGCAGCAGAAUGGAGCUUUUGGGCGGACAAGCUCAUCGUCCUCUUUGUCUAAAGAGGCAGCAAAGAAAUCUGGUAAUAAUAUUUCUUCUCCGGCCGACAUUGAGGUAUCAUUUUUGAGUGAAUUCGGAGUUGAUACCCCCGGGCAGAAGCUCGAACGAAAAACGAAUCCAGCCGCCGACAAUACCCUAAACGCACGGAAAGAGUCCGAGGACUCGCAAUCGACCCAUCUCGACGCGGAGGAGGAGGAUGAUGAUGUUGAUGCUUGGGGCAAUUGGGAUACACCGCAGCCGGUCAAAAAAUCGCACACACCCUCUUCCAGCCAAUCGACGGUUACCUCCAAGAACGAUCAGUCCCCUUCCACCCAGCUCAGCAGUCCCAGGACCAGCGCAAGCUUUGGGGACCAAAAUACCGAUGAAGGAGGACGUCAUCGCACGGACAAUAAUGGCAUUCCAUGGCCAGCCUUGAGCAAAUUCACCGCUUCUCAACUCACACGCACGGCGUCCAGCCUGAUGGAUGAAUGGGAAAAGAGCCUGACUUCAUCUUCUGCUUCUUCCUCAUCCUCCUCCUCCAACAAUAACAAAGCCGAUACCACCAAAGCAGCUCCACAGAAGGAGCAGGACGAAUGGGAGGCAUUUUGA